UUUUUUUUUUUUUUUUUUUUUUUACUGAGGUACGCGAUGCAUCGACACAAAGACUAUAUGUAACGGGUCAGGCACACAAUGAAGAUAGCUGAAGGGUGAAAGAGAAUAUGAACUGAGGUCUUUUGUUAUUCACCCUCGAAACUGCUUUCGGCAGGGGCCAGGAAACUGUAAAGGGGGGGUAGUUGACGGGUUUUCUACCAUUACGUCCUUCCCCCCCUUUUCUGAUUCGCAUCUUAGCCUCCCUCCGCCGGCUAGAUGAAUUAAUUGAUACUUUCGCGCUGUUCUGGACACAUCUCGAGACCGCAUAGCCAUAACAUAAUCCGCAUACGCUGGUACACCUAAGUCGAAAGAUCAUAUCCCGUGCGAAGUAGAAAAGAGCCUACUAAAUAAAUAAUGUUGUACUUUAUUGUGCUUUCCGCCACUAUCACCUGGUCAAUAGUCUUCGGCCUCUGGCUAGUGCGAUACCCGCAGCUACUGAUCCGGGCCACGCGCUGGGCGAUCACUAUCUGGAUGCUGGUAUUCGGAUUGCUAGGAAUGAGGGCAGUAGCCUUAGGGUUCGCGUGCGUCGAUCCCGCCGAUCUGAGCCAUUAUCCGCACCCGGCGGCCGUGUUCUGGCUCUUCCUCGCGUGGUACGUGGCCGUGUGCGCGAGCGUCGUGUACGACAAGUCUCUGAUCGUUGCGCUCGCCGUGCUCCUCUUGGUGCUGGCGUGGUUUCCGGAGCUGCGCACGCUGAUGGAUUUCGGCUUGGUGAGGCUCGGGUGGUUGAAUUGGGUGUAUAAUCCGCUGUUUACGCUGUUGACGGAGGCGUUGGGUGCUAGACGCGCGUAUAGAUCGCGGUAGACGAAAAGGGGCUUUGUCUCCUGAUUAUGGUGGGAUUCCCUGAUACUAAGGGGGGGUUGGCAACGGGGAUAAGGGGGGAGCGAGGAGCAGUUGCGGGUCUGAUUGUAUUGUAUAUCGCAUCGUUCUAAGAAUUGUGUCAUAGAAAUUCCCUUGACCUCAAAGGAGUGUCUACCUAAAAUUACAGAUCAUAGCCAUUAGAACAAUGGCUUUAUACCAACUAUAUCUAUAGCUUUGUUUGUUGUAAGAGAGAUGAAAAAAGGCAUAG